AUGUUUUCUAAUAUAAAAUCGGUUAUCGCAACUCUGAAAGAAAACAAGGAGAAUAAGGCGGAUCAAAAGAAAAAGGAGAAAGACAUCCAGAAUAUUAAAGCGCAAAUCGAUGACGCGUAUGAAGAAUGGUGCGAUGAAUAUGACGAAGAAGCAGACUUUGUUUGUACCGCCAUACCAACUUCGGAACCUCUCCAAGGCAAACUCCUUCUAAACCCCGUAAAAAAGCUAUUAAAUAAAGACCCCAGUUGUUGGAACAACGAUGACCUCAUGCCGAUAGCUGAACUUCUCGCUGGGCGACCUUUUAUAGAUGGAUCUGGAGAUAACUUCGAAGGCGCAUCUGCGUUUCAUUCGAUCAUGCCAGAUUUUGACUUGUACUUAGAAGAACAUGAUGACAUCCGUGGAAUUGUAGACCCGAUCUAUUGCGAUUGCACUUCCUCAAGCCGUACUUAA